CCAAUGCCCUGGGUGACCUUGGGCAAGUCACGUCAGCUCAUUAUGCCUCAGUUUCCCCCGGGUGAUGUGGCAGCGCUAGCACCAAGCCAGCCUGCGUGGAGGGCAGCUUAGCGACUGAGUGCGGAGCAGCACAGGAUCGGGGCGUGGGCAGAACAUGGCGGUUCCGACCGCACUCAGGAAAAACAAACAGCAACAGUGAAGUUUCCCCAGAGUCCUAUCUGCCUUUUACAUGGUUGGAAUACCAGAGCCAGUAAACGUGAUCCCUUCCAAACAUUUCUUCAGGACCUCUGCCAGCCCCAUUAUGCAACCCCAAUCGCAGCAGACACGAAGCCCCCCUACUUGCCCAGAGCCCGAUUCUCCCCCCAUCCCACCUCCCUCCCUCGGCUUUGAUCAGACUAGAAGACAACAGCAAGCGAAGACACAGCGUCCCGGCUGCAGCUCACGCCCAGGCAGCGCGACAGCUCCUGGCAGGUUGCUUUCUCCGUUUCCUUUUCCAGUGCUCCGGGAGGCGAGCGUGGGGGUGUGUGGAACGCGACUGUUCCUGUGGGGACCAUGUGAGGACGAUCUUUAUUUCGGAGGCGAGGACAGAGCGGCGGGAGUCAGGAGCCCUGUGCUGGUCUGGCUUCAAUUAAAGAUCCUGGGAAGACUGCAGAGUGGAGCCUGGGAGCCUCGCAGCUGGGACCUGGCUAUGCGGCUGAGCUGCGGCUGUCUCCUGGUCCUCUUUGUGCAGAUCCCCUCCUUCUGCCUGGUCGGGAGCCAGGAUGACAAGGACGCGGCCCCAUCCCCCCGGCUAGGCGGGGGGGCCCUUUCCCCGAAGAACACCCCAGGCUGCCCGGCCAACUGCACCUGCCCCUCAGAGGAGACGGUGGAGUGUGGUGGGCUCGACCUGCACGUCUUCCCCAGCAACGUCUCCAGAGCCGUGCAGCAUCUUUCUCUGCAGAAUAACCAGCUACGGGAGCUGCCCUACGACGAGCUGGCCCAGCUGACCAGCCUGAAAACCCUCAACCUGCACAACAACCACAUCAUCUCCGAUGGCCUCCCGGAUGAAGCCUUUGAGUCCCUGGACUCGCUGCAGUACAUCUACCUGGCCAACAACAAGCUCACGGUAGCACCGCAGAUCCUCCCCAGCACAGUGCGCAUAGUGGACCUGGCUGCCAACCUGCUCACCGAAGUCUACCCGCUCACCUUUGGGCAGAAAGCCAACCUCAGGUCCGUGUAUCUUCACAACAACCAGCUGACCAACACCGGGCUCCCCUAUGACGCCUUCAACGGCUCUGACACCGUCAGCACCAUGAUCCUCUCCAGCAACCGGCUCAGCUACUUGCCCCAGAACCUGCCCCCUGCGCUCGUCCGGCUCCACUUACAGCUCUGCCAUUCAGAUGGCGUCCGGGCUGGGUGGCCUAGUGGUUAUCUUGGUACCGUAUCGAGGGCAGUCUCCCCCCCAGGCCUGCUGACGGUGUCUGAGGCGGGCUUGGGAGCUUCUCCCGUCUCUAGUGGCCGCGACCUCCCCUCCCUGCAGAACAACCACAUCGCCCGGAUUCCCAAAGGGGCACUGAGCAGCCACUGGAAGCUUCGAGAGCUCUACCUGCAGAACAACAACCUGUCCAACCAGGGCAUGGACCCUGCCACCUUCAGCAAGCUGAAGAGCCUGGAGUACCUGGAUCUGUCUAACAACAACCUGACCGAGAUCCCGGCUGGCUUCCCCCCGAACAUCGUGAUCCUGCACCUGGGCAAGAACCGCAUCGGCUCGCUGCCCCGGGACUGCCUGAGCCGGGUGCGCGGCCUGCAGUACCUGCUGCUGCAGAACAACCGCCUGACGGCCGCCGGCGUCCACCCCGACGCCUUCCUCAAGCUGCGCCACCUGCACACCCUGCACCUCUACAACAACCGGCUGGAGCGGGUGCCCCCGGGGCUGCCCCGCCGGGUGCGCUCCCUCAUGAUCCUGCACAACCAGAUCACUCACAUCGGCCUGCACGACUUCGCCAACACCUACCUGCUGGCCGAGCUCAACCUGAGCUACAACCGCCUCUACAGCGCCAAGAUCCACCGGCUGGCCUUCCGCAAGCUGCGCCGGCUCGAGAACCUGGACCUCUCGGGGAACCAGCUCACGCUCCUGCCCGCCGGCCUCCCGCCCAGCCUCGAGGUGCUCAAGCUACACAAGAACCAGAUCAACUCCCUCUCGCCCGAGCUGCUGGCCAACCUGGCCGGCCUCAAGGAGCUGCACCUGGCCCACAACAGGCUGCGCAUCGGCUCCAUCACCCCUGGCACGUGGCAGGAGCUGCAGGGGCUCAAGCUCCUGGAUCUCAGCAACAACGAAUUGUCCUACAUCCCCCCGGACUUGCCAGAGUCCCUCGAGUACCUGUAUCUCCAGCACAACCGCAUUGCCGUCAUUGGGGCCGAAGCCUUCCACACCAUCCCCGACAUCCGAGCCAUCGUCCUCAGGCGCUGGCUCAGAUCUCACCCAGGCCCCUAACAGGCGGACAGGUCAGCCUGAGCUGGUCAGUGUCUGCCCUGGGCCUGGUUUGUCAGGGAAGCUUGAAUAGCAGCGAGGAUGAGGAACUGGGGCAGCUUUCUCCUUCUCCAGCUGCGCUGUUCAGGUCCUAGACUGUGUUAUCGCUGUGGGCUCGGAUGGUCCUGUCAGCUAAGCAGGGUUCGGCAGGCUCGGUACUUGGACAGGGGAAAAUCCAGCUAUGGUGGGGAGUAGGGUGGGUGUCUCAGUAGGGGGCGCUCUUCCCUGAGAGUCAGCAGUACUGGGGGUGCUGUGCUUCCGGGAGCAGGGGGCACGCUUCUGCUCUUUCAGCCAACCACAGAAUUGGGGUCCUGCCCCUCGGUCAGCCUGGCGACUUCCCCCUUGCACUCGCCACUGGAUCAGCCGCUCUUCACCUCUCGUCCAAACCGUCACGUAGCACUGCCACGUUCCACCCCAGAGGUGGCUGCAUUUCAGUGCCGGGGAAGUUAUUUCCCUCUGUAUGCACAUCUGUGUGGGGCUAAAUUCUGAGCUGCUCUAAGCAGGGGCGAUUCCUCUGAGACCUCCAACCAGCUCUGAACUUGGCGGUGCUUUGGGAUCGCUUGGGCUGAGAGGAGCUCUGGCAAUAUCCCCUACUGAAAUCCCUCUCUCCUGCUGUCAUUUCCUGCAGCCGCCUUCCCUCCCUCCCAGGCUCUGACGCACCACAUCCCAGAUCACAGCGAUAACAUGGUUUCGAGAUCCUCCCUGAGGCAGCGUUCCAGAGGGAUUACGCUGCCUGCUCUUCUGGGCUCCUUGAGCUGCACGGCGCGCCGACACCCCACUGUAGGCCCUGCCCCGGCCUCCUGAGAAUCAGCACGUCCCCUCGGGCACUCACUCAACUUUAGCCAAGCAUUUGAACCAGCCUUACAGGGGACAGGGCUGCUCGCUGCUAGGCCUGAGUUGGCCAGCUGGAGGCAUGUGUCAGCCAGGGCCCGAACUCCAAGCCAGCGGAAAGGGACCCUCCCUGUAGAUUAGGGACUGUGCGGCUUGCAGCAUAGGCACUGUAAGGGCUGGGGUCGGGGUCUAGAACCUGCACCUGCAGGGCUGCCAGGUAACAGACAGCUCCACGCUGCCACCCAGCAGCAGCGCUGAUGAAGCCCAAGGAAAGUAUUUAAGAUACUGGGACGGGGAAUGGGUCUGGACCCAGGCAAUGGUGCCAGCAGAGCCAGCGGGUGUCUCCAUGUCUCUGAGCCACGGGCGGGGUGACACGUUUUGUGUCUGGUAGCAAAGGACCCCGGAGUGAAUGGAAUAACCAGGGCCUCUUCGCUCCCAUCCCCACGAAUGAAUCCCUAACGAAUCGAUUUCAUCUGGCCCCAGUGCAGGCUACAGGAAAUGACUGUAAGGUAGGUGCACAAUUGGUUGAAACCCCACCCUCUAGUAGCUAGCAGUGGUUUACUGUCGAACCGGAGGGACAGAGCUAGCGGGGUCCUGCAGGGCUCUGCCCUGGGGCCGGUCCUAGUCAAUAUUUUCGUUCAUGACUUGGCUAACGGAGUGGAGUGUGCGCUUAUGGUUUUGGCAGAGGACACCAUGGGAGAGGCUAGAAGCACGUUGGACAGGAUUAGAAAUCAAACCAACCGUGACUAAUUGGAAAAUGGGCCUGAAUUCAACAAGAUGAACUACGAUAGAGUGCAAGUCCUGCACUUGGGAAGGAGAUGAAACGCACGGCGACACACCGGGGAAUAUCUGAGUAGGUGGCAGGACAGCAGAAAAGGAUCAUUCCUCUUCGGCGGCACUUCGGCAGCAGCUCAAAGAGGAAGAGAGGGACUGAGGGACCUGCCGCUGAAUUCCCGCCGAAGCCCCGGACGUGCCGCCCCUUUGUAUUGGCUGCCCCAAGCACCUGCUUCCUUAGCUGGGGCCUGGAGCUGGCCCUGAGGACAGAGCAGAGCACCCAAACUGAUUAAAAGGUUUAGAAAACGUGAUCUGUGAAGAUGAAAACACUGGGUAUGGUUAGUUGUGAGACAAGAAGACUGAGGGGAAGCUGGUAGGUCUUCAAAUAUGUUAAGGGCUGUUCCAAAGAGAACAGCAAUCAACGGUUCAUGGCAACAGAAGGCCAAGAAGGAAUCGUCUUAAGCUGCAGUAAGGGAGAUUUAGGUUAAAUAUUCGGGAAAACUCUCUCUCCAGCUAGUGAAAUACAGGACUAGGUUGUGGGGGGGAGGUUGUGGCAUCCCCAUCAUUGGAGGUUUUUAAGAACACGUUAGACAAACCUGUCAGGGAUGGCCCAGGUUUACUUGGUCCUGCCUCAGUGCAGGAGUCUGGACUAGGUGAUCUCUUGAGGUUCCCUCCAGGUCCAUGAAUCUAACCAAAUCUUCUCCAACUCCCUGAGCUGUUUUAAGCCCGCCAGGAGGAGCUGGCAGCAGGAGCAGGCCGUGGAAUGAGUGGUCGCAUGCGCGGCGCAGAGCCCGGAUAGCACGCCCCCAUCAGCAGUACGCUGCUCCUCCGCUUGCAUGAAGCACACAGUGACUGCAGCUAAUUUGAGAAGCGGUGUAGCCUAGAGGUCGAUGUGGGCAGCCGGGACUCCUGGGUUCUAGCCCCUGCUCGGUCAUUAAUUCACUCUCUGCCUAUAGCCCUGUCUCUGUGCCUGUUUUAGUAUCUGUAAAAUGGGGCUAACUCAUCCCGAGACAAAGUUAACAGCACUUGGAGCAGGUAAAAGGGCAACGGUGUUACUUACUGGGGUUGCUUCUUCCUAGGCAGAGCCUGGGGCCAUCUCCAGGCUGUGCUCAGGUCUCCCCCUUUCAGACCAGGCAUGCCUGAGGCGUCUAGGUUACCCGUUUGAAGACAGCUCAGGUUGGUAUUGACCAUGCGGCACUGUCAGAGAACGGUUCGGUAGCCCGCGUGUGCAAUCAGCACGGCAGAUCUCGGUCCAUUUCAUGGCAGGUGGGGCAGGCAGCCCCAUUCAUAACUAGCCCCUUUGUUGGGAAAGAAGCUGAGACUGGAGGAGAACAGUGGGGUCUGGGCGAUGCCCACUGCCUGGCUGUUCUGGGGGUAGGACGCCCGUCUCCAGGGCUUUCACCCACACUGGCUUCCAUAGAACUUGUACAUUAUAUUAAUUUACUAGAAACACAGCCUGGGCCAACUCCUUCGCCCCACUAACCGAGCCAUAGCCCUUGCUGGAGAGAAUAUCCUAACCCCAGGGGUCAGGUUAGGUAAGUUCAGUGAAGGAUGGGUACAGAGACAGGGUGGAGGCACAAUUGAUUUCAGCUGCUCUCUUUCCCCUGGGGUGGGAAGCCGGCAGAGAACACAAGGACGGAAGAGGUUCCAGAGAGGUUUAAUUGGUAUCUGUUACAGGAUUUCAGUUCAGGGUAGAGCUGGGUUUGGUUUUGUUUUUUUGGUAGAAAAAAGAUGUGUCUUAAAAACUUCAUAUAGAUUUGUGGUCUCUCUAAGCACAAAAUAAAACCAGAAUGCAGUCAGUUC